UCCCAGUAAAGCAAGAAAAUAAAAUAUUAAAAUCGAUGCAACUGAUGAAAUAAAUUAAGAAGCCAAAUUACGAAUACUUUUUUUUUUAGGCAAAAAUGGCGAAGUCACAUGUAACAAACAAAGCGCCUCGAAAAGAGGGAUUUAAACGUUCUGGGCACAGCAUGAAUCCUGAACGACCUACAGAAGGAUUAAAAGGUGUAGCGAAGGUCCGAACAAAAGCAACAAUUAAAAGGUUACAAAUGUACCGUAAUCAAAAACCAAAGCGUGAUCGUAAAGGACAUAUCAUUAGUCCAGCUCCAUUCCAAGGAUGGAAGCCAUCUGGUACUAUGUCUCGUGUAGAACCUUCGCAGAGAUGGUUUGGCAAUUCAAGAGUUAUUUCUCAAAAUGCUUUACAAAAAUUUCAAUCUGAAUUAGGGAAAGCAAUGAAAGAUCCUUACAAUGUAAUUAUGAAGUCUACGCAAUUGCCGAUAACAUUACUUCAACAGAAGGCUGCAAAUGCAAGAGUGCAUUUAUUAGAUACAGAAAGUUUUGAAAGCGUUUUUGGUCCAAAGAAAGUACGAAAAAGACCAAAUUUAUCACUAUCAUCAUAUGAUGAACUACAAAAAUUAGCAGAAGAAAAGCAAGAAACGUACAAUUUAGAAAAGGAUUCUAAGGAUGUUGAUCUUGUACGUCCAGAUACAGGUAUUAAAGAAGCUCAAAGAGACUGGGUUAUGUCUGCAGGACAAAGCAAGAGAAUUUGGAAUGAAUUGUACAAAGUUAUAGAUUCUUCUGAUGUUAUUUUACAAGUAUUGGAUGCCAGGGAUCCUUUAGGAACUAGAUCACCACCAAUAGAAAAAUAUCUCAGAACAGAAAAACCUCAUAAGCAUUUAAUGUUUAUUUUAAACAAAGUAGAUCUUGUUCCAACUUGGGUAACACAAAGAUGGGUUGCAAUAUUAAGUGCAGAAUAUCCAACAGUAGCCUUUCAUGCUUCUAUGACGCAUCCAUUUGGUAAAGGUUCUUUGAUUAAUUUGUUACGUCAGUUUGCAAAGCUACAUAUUGAUAAGAAACAAAUCAGUGUAGGUUUUAUAGGGUAUCCUAAUACAGGUAAAAGUUCAAUUAUAAAUACCUUAAGAUCAAAGAAAGUAUGUAGUGUUGCACCAAUAGCAGGAGAGACAAAAGUAUGGCAAUAUAUUACUUUAAUGCGACGUAUUUACUUGAUAGAUUGUCCAGGCGUAGUUUAUCCAUCAGCAGAAACUGACACAGAAAAAGUAUUGAAAGGCGUAGUAAGAGUAGAACUUGUUCAAAAUCCUGAAGAUUACAUUUCAGAAGUAUUAUUACGAGUAAAAAAAGACUAUAUACGUAAGACAUAUAAAAUUAUGGAAUGGGAUGAUCACAUUGAUUUUCUGGAGAAGUUUGCACGUAGAAGUGGUAAAUUAUUAAAGAAAGGCGAACCAGAUAUCACUAUCGUCUCACGAAUGGUUUUGAACGAUUGGCAACGUGGUAAAUUACCGUUUUAUGUUCCGCCACCUGAUUUUGAAGAACCAUUGACAAAGACAACAAAUGAAAUUCCUGUUGAAAAUAACAAUUCUGAAAAAGAGAAUGUUGAUAUGGAUAAAACUGAGGAUACAUCAAAUAAAGAUCUACCAAAACUUGAGUUAUCUGUAAUACAAGAUUUUCGAAAAAUUAGGGUUGGUUUACCAUAUUCAGGUGAUGAUAUCAAAAAUGACCUAUACAUUGAACCCAAUGCAUCUAAUGAAAACGAUCUGACAGAAGAAACUGAUUCAGUUGUAUCUGAUUUGAAUAAUGACAACAUCAAUGAAACUCAAAAUGAUGAAAAUAUACAAUCUGGAGAAACAUCAGUAGGAAAUGAAGAAAUUGUUGAAUCCAAUCAAAAUUUAAAAAAUGGAAAUGAAACAGAAUUAAAUGAAGAAAAUUCUGAUGAUGAAAUUCAUUUGCCAUUAGAAAAAGAUACUUUAUUGCAAAGUGUGUAUGAUGAGGUAGAAAAGGAAUAUGAUUCUAGUGAUACUGAAAUGUUAAAUACAAAUACAUCAAGUAGUGGAGUAUUUAAAGUUUCUUCAGCGUCUUCUAAGAUGGAAUCGCCAAUAGAAAAAGAAAAAAAGUUAACAAGCAAACAACGACGAGCCAUGGAAAGAGCUAGUAAAAGAAAGAAAGUUGGUAGUAAUUUUUAUGAAGUUACAAAUGUAAAAAAUAAAAAUAGAAACAGAAAAAUACCUAAAGUUAAACGUAAAUAAUUCAUAACUAAGGAAAUAAAACAAUUAAAAAAAUAUAAACAGUUAUUUAUGUAAUUGAAAUUCAGAAACAAAAACUAAUCUAAAUAAGAAUAGUAAAUUUUAAUGUGUAUAGUAAUUUUUAAUAUAUAAAUACCAUUUAUUAUUAUUCUCAUUUAUGUUAUAAAUAAAUUGAUUUACACUAACAAUCAACUCAUUGAAUAUGAAGUUAUGUAAAAAUUAUUUUGUUACUAUGUCAAAUUUGUAUGUAUUUUAACAGAUUCAUAAAAGAAGUAUUUGAA